CGCGCGCAGCGCUGGGCGGCGGGCGGGCGGGCGCUCCCCUCGCUGGCAGCGCUCGCUAAGAUGGCGGAUUUCCUGCCGUCCCGCUCCGCGCUGUCCGGCUGCUUCCCCGGCUGCCUCCUCACCAGCGGCGAGGCCGAGCAGCAGCGCAAGUCCAAGGAGAUCGACAAGUGCCUCAACCGCGAGAAGACCUACGUGAAGCGCCUCGUCAAGAUCCUGCUGCUGGGCGCGGGCGAGAGCGGCAAGUCCACCUUCCUCAAGCAGAUGCGGAUCAUCCACGGGCAGGACUGGGACCGCGCGGCCCGCGAGGAGUUCCGCGCCACCAUCUACAGCAACGUGAUCAAGGGUGUGCGAGUCCUGGUGGAUGCCAGAGAGAAGCUCCACAUCCCUUGGGGGGAUCCUGCCAACCAGAGCAACGGGGACAAGGUGAUGGCUUUCGACACGCGCGCGGUCACCGUGGUGCAGGGCAUGGUGGAGACCGGGGUCUUUUUGGACUACCUGCCUGCCAUCCGAGCCCUGUGGGCAGACAGUGGCAUCCAGCACGCCUAUGACAGGCGCAGGGAGUUCCAGCUGGGGGAAUCUGUAAAGUAUUUCUUGGACAACUUGGAUAAACUUGGAGAACAAGAUUACCUUCCCUCACAGCAAGAUAUCCUGCUGGCACGAAGGCCCACCAAAGGGAUUCACGAGUACGACUUUGAAAUCAAAAAUGUCCCUUUCAAGAUGGUCGACGUGGGCGGCCAGAGGUCGGAGCGGAAGCGAUGGUUCGAGUGCUUUGACAGUGUCACAUCAAUUUUGUUCCUGGUGUCCUCCAGUGAGUUUGACCAAGUGCUGAUGGAGGACAGGCAGACGAAUCGCCUCACGGAGUCCCUGAACAUUUUUGAAACGAUAGUCAACAACCGGGUGUUCAGCAACGUCUCCAUCAUCCUCUUCUUGAACAAAACAGACUUGCUUGAGGAAAAAGUACAGAAAGUCAGCAUCAAAGACUAUUUCCCAGAGUUUGAAGGGGAUCCCCACUGCUUAACUGAUGUCCAAAAAUUCCUGGUGGAUUGUUUUCGCACGAAACGCCGGGACCAGCAGCAGAAGCCGCUGUACCACCACUUCACCACUGCUAUUAACACAGAGAACAUCCGGCUAGUUUUCCGUGAUGUUAAGGAUACCAUCCUGCACGACAACCUCAAGCAGCUGAUGUUACAGUGAUGUGCAAAAAGACUGCUUUGUUUCAGUAACUCUUGUGUGUUGUUUUUUUAACUAGAAGUUUACAGCAGGAGUAGAGAAAUCCAGAUCCUGUCAGACUUCUUGAUAUGUGGCUGAAAGCUGCUGCUGAACACAUUAUUGCCAAUUUCUGCAGAAAUUCAGGCUUAAUCUCUUCCAGUGUAGCUUCAAGUUGACUCAAAUUGUAAUUUUAUAGCAGACCUAUGUCUAAGUUACCUGUAAAGUGGUAAAUUUGACCUUUUACCAACGUGUGUAUUAUCGUAGAAAAUCCAGAAUUCCAAGUCAAAACGUCAAUGAAAUUGUUGCAAUUAUUAGACUGUGGCAGUAAUUUAAGGUGGGGGGGAAGAGGGAGAGAAACUUCUCACAUCUGACUUCAUUGUGAAGACUGUGAUACCAUAGCUGACUUAUGAUUUCUCAGGUCUGUUUUUGGUUAGAAAUCCCAUCAGAUCCCUUGCUGGAAUCAUCUCUUUGCAGCCCAUUCCUGGGUGUAACGUACUUCCUGCUUGAGUAUAAAUCAUGGCAUUGAGAUGGAAUAGGAGAUGCUUCAAAAAUGUGGAAAACCAGGAGUUCCAGACAUAUCUAUCAGGAAGUGCUGAGUCCAGUGAUGAGGGAUUAAUGGUUGGCACAGUACACGGAUUCACUCCAGAGAUGUCCUGGAGCCAUGGCAAAGCACAGAGCACUCUGAUCAAGCCUCUUGGCAUGCUGGUGUGGGACGGGGGGAGCAAGCCCAGCUUGUGUUUUUUAUCUUCACUGAGCAGAUGUUACCUUUGGGUCACCUGUUCUGGAAACUCUUUAACUUAGCACUGCUUUAUUUGAACUCCCUGCCUCCCUCCCAGGUGCCUCCUCUGAGUCAGGAGCAUUUGCUGAUGGAGAGAAGGACUUGCAAACCUAAGUGCCUCCUUGUGUUCUCUCCUCCUCUGGUAUUCUCAGUGGCCUUACCAAUUCCCAGCAGAGGCCUUGUGUAGCUGACACCGUGCAGAUGAAUGUUCUCUUCUGAAAAAAUUAAAGACCUUGUCCCAGCAGAAUGUGCUUCAGCUGAUGAGGUUCUUUCUGAGACUUUCCAGUUGGGUCUAAGCAAUCCUAAGUGUACUUGAGCCAAAUAUGUUGCACAGCAUCUUCCAGAGUGCUGCUUGUGACUGUUUUACCCAAAGUCUUUCUGCAGCUUUGUUUCGUUUCUUAUGGGGAGUUGUUAGUGUUGCCAUGUGAUUAAAAGAAAAAAUUAUAAUAAUAAUAAUAAUAAUAAUAAUGAAAAAUAGUGAAAAUAAAGCAAUCCUGAUGUACCCCACAGCACACUGCAAAAAGAGAGUGAGAUUGUGAUAGAAGAAUCAGUGUCCCUACCACGUUUCCCCCAGGCUGUAGUGGUGUGGGCAGCUCAGCUGCCACUUUGCCCCGUGGAAUGGGCCAAUUCCUGUGGAUCAUGCUGGUGGCCAAUCCUUGAAUACUUCUUUAUUCUCAUCCCACAAGCCUGGGGUGACAUGGUGGUGUCACUGCUGGGAGCAGUGGCCCUGCCAGGACAUAGGAAAGCUGCCUGUCUCCUGAAUUUAGCCUUUACUUACUGUGAGUGUAAGUUGUAUUAACAUCUCUGUACCUCGUUCUCCUGGCAGUAGAAGGGGAAUUGUGUAUUUUUAUUUAGUUAGGUGCUUUGAAAGACCUCUAUUUUUUUAUAUCAUCCAGUGAAUAGUCAUAGGUUAGUCUGUGAUUCUGGCCAUCAGGCACUGUUUGGGGAGGAAAGAAUUCUGAAAAGAGCUUGGGAGAAGUCACAGUACAGAAUCUAAACAUAGUCCUAAAGUCUGGAUGCAGCAGUGAUGUCAGGAGGGUUAAAAGAAUCUUGGAUGGGGAUAUUUAAUAUAGGUUUUGUCUCUACUGGACAUGGAUUAUUUCUGAUUUGGUGUGUUCAGGUUAUAUGUGAGCAAUUUGGGAAGGAGAAUGAAGCAGAGACCUCAGGAAAGGCUGGUGAGGCUCUUUCAAGGACUGAGCAGCACACCUCUGAUAGGAGCAGAAGUUCUCCUUUGGGCUAUAUAAGUGCAUCAAGAACAGACACAAACCUCUGGUGGCUUCCAAGUCCAGUCUUGGAAAGCAGAAAACAAAUUCAUGCCCUUGAUUGUCAACAGGAGGAGGAGUUGGGUUGGUUUUUCCUUUGCUGACAGCUGUCUGAACAAGUGUCUUUUCAAAACAGAGACUUCCAUCUGAUUAAAGCAGUUCAUUUGGAGAGGUCUGCAGUAGGUGCUUUGGAGGGUGUCAGACCAGAUGGUUGCAGAAAAGACUAAAGACUGGUAGUGGAUGAUAGGGUGAGUACCAGGGAUUUGUCUGAACUAAUUUAUGUGAAGUAUUGAUGAUUGUUUUGUCAAUGGAACCUGUUCAUUUAGUGAAGAUCCUCAAAACUGAUGUCAGUCUGAGGGUGCAGCCAGGGUCACCAAGGCACUGGGCACUUCUGACCUUGGCUAAAGUGGGGGAAAUUCCCCAAAAACACCACAAAAAUCUCUGUUGUGAAUCCUUCCAGAUCACUCUCCCUGUGAAUCCCAGGGCCUGUAAGAGAGCAAGGGGGACCCCAGUGCUGGGUCACUUGUAGGCCCUGGUAGAUGAAGCACUCUAUGAAUCUCAGGCAGAAAUGAAUUGUUUUAAUGAAAUAACUGAGUCCAGUCACUCGGGUUUCCCACUCCCAGUGCUGAGAGGGGUGAGGGAAUGCACCUGGAUGUUCUGUUUACAUGGUUCCUGUGUUACCCUGCAGCCAAAAACCCCAAAGCAACACCCUUGUCCAUCUUCAGGCUCGCUCUUCAUGUCCUCCCUGAGUGGAGCACACCUUGGGCUGUUGUAUUUCCUGCUGGAUUUGUUCCUACAUAUCAUUGGUUUAUUGCAGGACAUAAAUCUGGUACCAGAGCUGAAGGGUUGAUGCUCUGAGCAGGCUGAGCUUUGUCCUGAAACAACCAGAAUUGCAGUUUGCUGGUGAGAGUGAGGUGAAAUGUCCCAGAAAAUCAAGUUUCCCAAAAUUCUUUAGUUCUCUUUGCUGGAGUGAGCUGUGUUCUAAAGAUCACUGACCCUAUGGAGAUAAACCACUGUCCUGUACAAGCUGUACUUGAAGGUGAAAUUGGUGUUUUAGCAACUGUUCCCUGCUGCAGAGUGUUCAGCUGAGAUAAUUGAUACCUAAAAACUGUGGCUGUUCAUCAGGGCUUUAAAAAUGCUACUCUUUUGUUUAUAUAUAUUGUAUGUGGGAGCAUAAGCCAUCAGUUUGUGUGAAACUUCAGCUUUCUCUAGAAUAACCGCUCUUAAAAAAAAGUCAAAUUGAUCUCAAAGGUGUUUAUGGGGCUUGUUUGUGAGUAGCUUUAAAUUCAGCAUUAUCCAGCAGGUGAUGGGGUGGGUGGGUGUUCCUGGGCUGGGGUUCCUGGUGGAUCUGAGCUGUCCCUCGUGCCCGUGCCCCUGAGCACCCCUGGCAGUUCCUCUUGCAGAAGGUUCAUGGUCAUUUCCAGCCCCACUCCUGUUCCACACCCUGGGGAAGUCUCCUGCAAAUGGUUCAGCAGUUCACUUUACAGGUCUUAUCUCUCUGAUGGUACCAUUAAUGUAGUUUUUAAUUACACAGCAUUGCAAUACAGUGCCAUUUUGCAAUUUCUUUGCGUUGUACUUGAAAAUAAGUUGAAUUGCAGACUAUUUAAAACUGCUUUCCUGCGCUUUCAGUAGCAGUGAGAGCUUACCUUAUGUGAAGCCUUUAUGUAAAAAUAUAUUUUAUAACAACCUCAUAGAUCUUUAACAAAACCAAGAUUUGUAUUAGCUUUGUAUAAAUGUUUGUGGCUUACAAUUUUAUAUGUUUAACUUUUUAUAAACUUUCCAGGGACUACUUUUUAUUGUAAAUUUUUUUUUCUCUCCUUGCUUUAGUUUAAGAUUGGCAAUAAAUUAUUUCUAAGGGAGGUCUUAGAAGAAAAAGCAUCACUUCUUUUUUAUAAAACGGUUAAAUCAAUUCAUAGUUUCAGACCUCUUACACUUGCUUGUACAUUGCUCUGUACAUACUCUCCAAAAGCGUUGCCUUUCAGCUAUUAAUAUUUGCCUUGUGUACAAAAGUACUGACGAUGAAUAAACAUAUACAGCCUCA